AUGGCUAUGAGUGUUGCUGGAUCAGUUAGAUCAAAAGCUUCUAAAGCAUCAAGAGCUUCCUUGAGAAGUAGAGGCAGCAAGAAGUCCUAUGUCGAUGAAUCACUUUUCGGCUCUCAAAAGCAGAGACCAGGAACUACUGCAGCUCCUACAGGAGCUGCAGUGGUCUCUGCUGCUGAGUUAAGAAAAAUUCGUGGUCAGGCUGAGAAAGGACAGAAGCCAGAUGCCAUUAUUAUCCAAAAGUCUGAGCUGGACAGAAUCCGUGGUACUACCAAGAUUGUUUCAACUGAGGAGCAGAAGCAGACUAAAAAGAUGGUGGAUGAGCAAAAAGGCCAACAAAGAGCAGCUGCUAUUGCUAGAAAGAAGAGAAUGCAAGUGAUGGAUCAGGAGAGAGCUUCUAAACUCCCUCCUACGGAAUUCCAAAAGGAAACUGCUGAAAAGAAACAAGGAUUACUAAGCAAUGCUCAAAAUGCCCUUGAUGAGGAAAAGGACGAUGUAAAGCACAUGAACCAGAUGUGUCUCUAUUCAAAAUGUGUAACUAUCAGGGACAAACAGCUUGAAGAGCAGCAAAGACUUGAAGAAGAAUACCGAGAUGAAGAGAGAAGACUCGACCUCAUGAUGGAAAUCGAAAGACUCAAGAAUCUCAAACACCAAGACGAACUCGAAAAGAAAAGAAAGCAGGCUCUCAAGCAAGGCUCCAUGGUCAUCAUCGACCAGAUCAAAGAAAGAGAACUCGAAAGAAUCCGUGAACAAGAAAUGAGAGAGAAAGAGAAACAGCUCAUUCUAGACCAGAUCGAGCAGCUCAGAGCCGAAGAGAAGAAAGAGAUCGAAGAGAAACAUGAGACUGCCAAAAGAAUGAUGCAUGAAGUCGAAGAAGCUAAUAAAGAAGCCAUCUUCACUAAGGAGAAAAAGAAGCAGGAAGAAAAAGAUCUUGAAAAUAAAAUAGUUGAAUAUAACAGACUCAAAGCCUUUCGUGAGGAAGAACAAGAGGCUGAAAAGAGACGUGUCCAGGAAGAAAAAGAGAAGGAGGUUCAAAGGCUUAGAGAUUUACAGGAGAGAGCCCAGGACAGACAAGCUGAGAUCGACUCCCUCAGAGCUAAAAGAGCCUUCGAAGAGCAAGAAAGAGCCGAAAGAGAAAAGGAAAGAAAGGAAAGAGAGAAACAUUUGAAAAUCCAGAGAGAGCUAGAGGAAGCCAGACAAUCCCAGUUCACAGAGAAAGAGAGAAGGCUUGCCGAGCAGGCUAAGCAGGAGAGAGCAGAGUACACCAGAAUCAUCUCUUCACAGAAAGAAGAGGAGAUGAGAGAAACUAUGAUUGAAGAUGAAAAACGAAAAAUUCUCAAAGAACAUGCCGAUCAGAUAAGAUCUCAAAUUACUCAAAAUGAGGAAGUAAAGAAACAAGAUAGACUUGACUACCUUGAAGAGGGGAGGAAGGUGAGACAAAGCCAAGAUGAAGAGAAAGCCAGACUAGAGAUGAUAAAGCAGAGGAAGCUGAAGGAACUCCAAGGAUUAGGAAUUUCUCAGAAAUACACAACAGAUUUAUCCAAGAAGAAGAUUGUGUAA